CUGAUGACCCUGACGACCACGGUGACACUGGCGAUCGUGUAGGCCCUGGCGUCGCAGGAGAGGCGGGUGCUGCAGUCGGUGGCGUUCCUCGGAUGGAGCGGGCACCAGGGCCUGGCAGAGAUGCUGCGCCCGUGGCUGGAGGCCUGGAUAACCAACAAGUCCAGUUAACCCUCAGCGUGCCCUUCACAUCACCUGAGAACGCGGAGGUCGCCAGCCUGUUCCUGACCCCAAAUGCUCAACGCCCAGGGCCGGUGCAGACGGAGAUCAGUGUGAACGGCAACGUCCUGACUGUACGACUGACUGCUGGAGAUCCCAGCCAACUCCACAUUUCCGUCAUCGCCUGUCUUUACCAACUAUCCAUGCUGGUGCGACUCUUCUAGCCUGUUGUGCCCCCACUUUUCUUUAAGCCUCGCCAAGAAAGAGGGAUCUAAGCCUAACCUCGAGUCCCGUU